AUCAGAAAGCGUAUCAAAGCAGGAGGCAGAUAGGAAGUUCCUCCAGUUCUCCACUGCCCUCCAUCUGACGAGGCUCUAGGUUAGCCACGAGACAUUUGUCAUGAAAAUUAAGGACAGAUGCAGAGGAGAUGGAAAUUCGAGUGAUAUGAGCACCUUCAGUAUUUCAGACAAGGCUGGCUUUGCCUCAGCUGCUACUACAACCUUUCACAUAAGCGAGCCUCGAAUCCAGAGAAAGCCAUCCACAUGCUGUGCUCGGACUGCCCUUGUCAUCUACCUGCUGCUGCUGACAGUCGGCCAGGUGCUGCUGGCGUACAAAGUGUUUAAGAUGAAGGAGGAGAUGCUGAAACGGCAGGAAAAUACUGCUUUCCAUGCCGAAGAGAUGAUAGGAAGGUCCUAUGCUGACAACCUUCUUUUGGAGAAAAACUUCACAGAGAGGGGCAUGGGACGUGAAGAAAACUGGAGGAGGCACUUAGAAAAGGAAAUCACCGUAAUUAAAAGCAGCAAUGCAAACUUGAUGAUGAUGAUGAGCAACAUCACCCUGCUUGCAGGGCGUCCUGGACACAAAGGAGAACGCGGUCCACCAGGGCUACAGGGACCACCGGGGAUAAAGGGAGACCAAGGAAUUCAAGGCUUACAGGGACUGCAGGGCAGUAAAGGAGAUCGUGGUCCUGCUGGCCCAAGGGGUGAACAAGGAGAACAAGGAAUGAAAGGACAGGCAGGAAUUCCAGGUCCCACAGGGCAGAAAGGUGAAAUGGGCCAGAAGGGUGAUCCAGGGAUACGUGGACCCAUGGGUCCUCCAGGACACCAGGGAGUGCCAGGACAGCCAGGCUACAAUGGUAAUGCAGGGGAGCCUGGACGUCCUGGGCAGAAAGGAGAGGCAGGCCCAGCUGGAGAACGUGGCCCUCCAGGACCUCCUGGUCCCAGCAGCCCCGGGCAGAAGGGGGAGAAGGGGGACCUCGGGCCCAGAGGCUUUCCAGGAGUGGCAGGCAGUCUGGGACCAAAAGGUGAAAAGGGAGACAGAGGAGUUCCAGGUACUGAAGGGCAAAAAGGAAUAAAGGGAGACCAGGGCCUACCAGGCUCCCAAGGUCCAACUGGUCAAAAAGGAAGCAAGGGUGAUUAUGGCAGUAAAGGUCUAAAAGGUGAACCAGGAUUAAAAGGAGCAAAAGGAGACAAGGGAUAUCCAGGUCCUCCAGGAACGAAAGGGAGCAAAGGAGAACAGGGAGGAGGUUACUUCAACGUCAUACGAAUUGCAGGAGGGGGCAGGAGGGGUCGCGUGGAAAUCUUUCACCAAGGGUCCUGGGGAACAAUAUGUGAUGAUGACUGGGACAACCAGGAUGCCUCUGUGGUGUGCAGAAUGAUGGGGUACAACCGUGCUAUCUCUGCCUACACUGCAAGUGGAGGCAGUGGGCAAAUUUGGCUUGACAACGUGGAAUGCAGAGGGAAUGAACAUUCAAUUUAUGAGUGUAACAAACGUGAGUGGGGCUUGCACAACUGCUCCCACAAUGAGGACGCCGGCGUGGAGUGUGUCUGACGGGACACAGAGCUGCCCCAGGAACUGCUGCCCACUUGUAUGCUCCAUAGGACCUUUGUUCAUAGCAUCCGCCCAGCUUCUUCACACAGAAGGAACUCCAUUUUCCAUAAAUCAGCAACAAUAGCAAGAGUCACAAAUAACCUGAGGCAUCCCAGCUGUCAGAAAUCAACUGGAGCUCAGACGUGUGAUCAAGCGUAUGGCUUUGCCACCUGCCUGACACUAGUCCACCUGCAGCAGCUGUAGAGCUGCUCUGCUUUGCUCAGCGCAAUAGAAGGGAACAGGAGAAGCCUGCAGAAAGUGCUACAGCUUAGCUGCCCAGCCCUUAACACAGUGCUGUUGUCAGCCUGGCCUAAAGCCCAUGGUAAAGAGCAUAUACCCAAGAUAGAAAUCAUUAAGUGACCUUUCUGGUAUGCAAACACGAAAGUUCUUCAGAUGAGAUGAUGAUCACAGGUCAAAAUGCAGCCGUACCAGCCUGGGAUUCAGGUUUAGCACAGACCUUGUGUUUGACCUUGGCCAAGUCCCCUGCCUUCUUUGUCAGCGUUUCCUAACCUGUUCCCAGGAACAAAACCCCUCACCUUAUCUGGUGUAUAAAACGAAGUGCUUUCAGAUCUUUAGAAAUGAGAUGCUCCACUAAAACAAAGAGAUGAUGAAUAAAAGCAGUAAGGGUGAAGUAUCAACUAAUUAACCUUUCACAGUGAAAAUAUGGUCCCUAAACCAAAGGCUUUUGCCUUAAAUGGAAGUCUUGUGUCUGAGAUAAUAGCUGAAAGACCUCUCUUUCUUAAAGCCUAAAGUCCUUCCCUUUUUAACAGCACUGGGCAUUGGGCAGGUGACAAGAAGCCUGUGUAUAAACAGCCGUGCACAUUGCAGCAACCCGCUUGCUGACAUCGUAUUUAACGUGUCAGAAAUGGCUGUAAGCAACCCCACAUCUCUGCAUCAGCAUUAGCCACAACUGCACUUAUCUACACAGCUUCUAGACUCAAUUUUGGUGCUCACAAACCCGGAUCUAAGUGGAAAAACUGAGCGGUGCCGGUAAGAACAGCAGGUGACCAUAUGUAAAUAAAGCACUGCCACUGCUAGGGAAUAAAGGAUUUACAAGCUGUA